GGGAGUAUAUUGACAUGUAUGAGUCAUGCAGUAUAUACCUCUCUGAAGUUUACGGGUAUUUGGGACCUGGUGUCCGGGCCGAGCUCGGCUUGUGGCUGAACCCGCAGUCAAGCCACUCUCCAUGCUCCACCUUAAAUUCAACCGCCUCAGAUCCCUGCAAAUAGCGGAAUUAUUUUAUGAAGCGACAUCCGCGCGUUUGAGCUCCAGAUUAUAUUAAUGCGACCGAGAGAGUCAUGAUGCACAUCCAGCCAUGGACUUUUGGUCACGCUUGAUCGCGGGCACUUCCCUUGCCCCAGCUGGCAACAAAGGUUCGUCCAAGGACCCAGAGAAGCGUCUGGCACGCUUCAAGCGGGAAUACAGCCAACUUCUUCAAACAUGGCGCGGCGCGUCGAAUCUGGCUAGGGAUUACGAAGCAGCAGAGAACAUCCGAGAUAGUCUCCAGGAUCUUACAGCAAUACUCAGUGAUGAGUCGAGACGGCCACUACCACAUCCGUGCAUUACCUUUGCAUCCUCGAAGCAGAUAUACGUCCCCAUAGGCAAGAUAGCCACGACCUCAUACAAUGAAGGCAUUAUUCGAGAGGGAGUGGCCUUGUUUGCGACCUUGAUUGAUAGCGAAGAGGAGGAUUUCGUGGAGAACGAGGCUUUUUCGAGAAGUUUGAUGAAUCUGCUGGUUCGAAUUACAGGCGCGAAUAGCAUACGACUAGGCUCGGACACCGAAGUGGAGGUUGUAGAAUUGUCGUUUAACAUCACGACCAAAAUCCGACUCGACCCCGAGAUUCUGCCUGCUUGGUUUGCUACUCAAGACCGCGAGGAACCACAGAAUGGAGGACAAGGCUCACACGAGAAGUUCACUGGGAAAACACAGAAGGAGGACUUUCCAUUGUUCUACCUUCUGAUAGACUACAUCCACCACGAAGGAAGGAUAGGAGACUUCGCCAGGACCGGUCUACUCUAUAUCAUCGAAGCAGCUUCAAGUUCGGUUGCCCUGGAGCAAUGGAUUGUGGAAAGUGAUCUAGCAACGCUGAUGGCGACUGGACUCGGAGCUUUGUACAGUCAGUUGAGCAGGAAAUUGGUUAUCGAUCAUCCACUUGAUGAUUUACCCCCAAUCUUGGCUCUGUCCGACUACCAGCAACCCAAUACUACGUCAGAAAUCGUCAGCUCGUCGUCACCCGACUUCCAGAUGCAUAUGGAGACUUUCUUGUCCCAUCUUGUCUUCUGGCAGGAUGUCCUCAACCAUUGCAAGUCGAGCGAAGUAAAGUCAACAUUGUUGGAACAUUUUCAAGUCAUCUUCCUCCAGCAAUUACUCUAUCCUUCAUUGCUAGAAUCAUCCGAUGUAGAUGGUGGCUCGUCUGUAGCAGUACUCACAUACCUUCGUCGAAUCCUAGAAGCUCUUGACCACCCAGACAUGAUCCAUCUCAUCCUCCAUUAUCUGCUCGCACUACCAGAUACAACUCCUGCCCCAACAGGAUCCCGAGCGUCGGUCAGUGCAGCUAGGAAAAGAAAGUCAAUGGAUCUAGCAACUAUGAUGAUGGCAACGCAAGUUGAUACAACAUCAACUCCUGCUCUCUUCAACUUGGUUGAUUUGAUUCAAGGAGGACUACGAUCUCCAAGUGAACAGACGAUUUCUGUCACCCUUCAGCUAGUUUCAGUUAUUUUGAGGCGGCAUCACAGAUAUGCCGUAACGACUCUGCUCUGGACGAGUCAAGUUUUGUCGGACGGGCCAGUGCGCACUGUGGGUGCACAUGAGAUGGAAAUGGAUUUCAUUCUUUCACUGGCUGGAGGUGUAGGAGGUGAUGAUAACUUCGAUGAUAUCUAUGACAAUCAUGUCAAAGACUGCAUGAGUAUAUUGGAGAGUCAUCCAUGCUCGAUUACUUUGGUGGCACCGAAAUCUGCUGGAGGCACCACUAAGUUCCCAGGCUCCUUGGCGUCGAUCCCCGGAGCGCCUCGAGAUAUUAGACCGCAUACCCUACGACCCGAAGAUCCUAUGCUAAAGACAUUGCUGACUAUCAUGACAACGUUUUUCACGAAUUCAGUUGAGACGAAUUUGUCUCUGACGGGGACCGUUGUUGACCUUGCAACUUGUGGUUUUAUGCGCAUCGAUGGCUGGUUGCUCCCAGAUCCUACCAAGUAUGUUUUCGAAGAAGACGAGGAAGAGACUGAGGGCUUUAUCUCUUUCGGCAUCAGCGACUGUAUUGAAGACCAAGAAUUGGCACAGCUUCAAAGUCUGAAGAAAGCCAGGCGGAAUCUCGACUGGACAAGGUCUCAAAUUCCACCGUUCCUUACGCAGCUCAAAAUACUCGUCGACCAAGUGUCAACUUAUCGAAACGAUAUACCACGCUUUGAUGACCUACUACAACAACGCCGGGAAGCAUUCCAGGCCGCCUCAUCCGCAACAGCUACUCCAAUACCAAUCCGCUCGGCCGCUCCUCCCCGAUCAAGCUUCGAAUCUCCUUCUCGCUCAUCAUCACCACCUCGACCAUCGGCACUAGAUUCAUUAGCACAGCGUAUCUUUCCCGAGCUCGCUACCCCAUCCCGCUCAAAUUCUCCACGAGGACGACGGAGUGUUGAAAAAAGCAGCAGUGGUCUCAGUGGCGGAUAUGGCUUCGCAACACCAACCACAUCCCGUAGCGCAGUCCCUCCUCCACAAUUCCCUAUGAACACGGAUAGCGCUUCAAGAGCACACUCUCGGGCAUUCUCACCAAGUCCGCUGAGAGGCGCAGAUCCAAGGAAUGGUGUACCAGCAAGCCAGGCUGCUGCUUUCGCUGCCAUUGACCAAAGUAUCCUUGCUCGCAAAGUCGGACUGCCUCCUGCGAAGGGAGCUGUGCCGCCCAUCCCGUUCCCCAAUCUCAAGGCACCAGUCGAUGAGGGAAGCAAGGAAAGCAGUGUUGAUGGCAGCAUCUCCGGUACUGAUGAGAGGGCAGAAGCGAAAACCGGGGAGAAGCUAGUCACCGUGAACCAUAUCCUGACAAACGUUAUCGUCCUGCAAGAGUUCUUGUUAGAGUUAGCGGCGUUGGUUCAGGUUCGAGCGGGCUUGUUCGGAGAGGUUAAAUAUGUUUAGCGAGCGAUUUUCUUGGGAGGAUGGUUGGUUGGCUGUGCGGUUUGGUCGGGCAUAUAUGAUAUUGAUACCUUUUUGCAAUGAGAGUUUUACUUCUUUCUGUUCGAAGUCUUGCUGUGUGUGGGCACAACUCUUGUCGGGAUUCGUGAUGUAGUACUAUGUAUCUCUUUAAUUUUCUAUAUAUGGCUCAUGGACCCCUCGGGA